UCAUUUGCACGUAGUAUAACAUAAACGUUUUGAAGUCAAACAAACCAUUGCAAGCAACACAAUAUUUCUUGUGCUUCGAAAUCGUAUAAAAUUUAAUAUUUUAUUUUGUAUUUUGUAAAUAAGAAACGAAGAGUGACAAUAGAAGAUGUCAACAGACGUGGUUGUGGAUGCGUUGCCGUAUUUCGAUCAGGGAUACGAGGAUCCCGGCGUUCGUGAGACGGCAUUGGCAAUGGUCGAAGAAGAGACCCGACGAUACAGACCGACCAAAAAUUACUUGGAACAUCUACCACCGAUCAAUACAGCCAUUUUCGAAACCGAAUUGAUGCGAAAUGAAUUCGAGCGCAUACAAAAUCGUUUGCCAAUGGAACCGCUAAGCAUGAAACGUUACGAAUUGCCACCACCGCCGCCAAGUAAAAUCUCCGAGCUGUCGGCCUGGCAAGAUGCGGUCGAAAAUUCAAUGGCCCAAUUGGAACAUCAAGCGGUGCGAGCAAUGAAUUUGGAAUUGAUGCUUGAAUACGGAUGCGAAACGUGGAAAGUGUAUUUGGAUGUGCUCACAUCGAUGUUGGCCAAGGCACAGAAGCAAUUAGAAGGUAUUAAGAAAGAUAUUCAGGAUAUCAAUUGGCAGCGAAAGGAUAAACAAACGGCGGCCGGUGAAAAGUUACGUGCAUUGGAAACGCAGUGGGUCAUGUUGGUGUCGAAGAAUUAUGAAAUUGAACAGGCAUGUGUUCGACUUGAGCAAGAAAUUGAAGAACGUAAAAAGGAAGAAGAAAGUCAACAAUACAAUGAACAGUCGCCAGAUGGUAAUGCCGAUGAUGGUAACGACGCUGAUAAUGCCAACGAUGCUAACGAGGCCAAUCAGGACGAAGAGGAGGAACAACCAAACACAAAUGGCGUUGAAAACGGUUACAUGGAACAUCAAAACGAAUCCAACGAAAUGGAAACCGACUAACAGACAAUUACGAAAAAAGAACAUUAUCAUAAACUGAGUUAGGAUUUAAUAAAGUGUAAUUUUAACGUCGAAA